GUAUAACCUGCAUUUGGGUAGUUUCUAGAGGACCUCCGCGGGAGAAAGAGAAACACAAGUUCGCGAGCUACAGAAGAACCCUAGAAAUGGCGAUGUCUUUUGCCCGGUGGAUCGUAGAUCCGAAGAAGAACCCUCUGGCUGCCAUGCACAGGAAAUCUCUCGAUUCUCGCCUCCGGAAAUACGGUCUGAGAUACGAUGAUUUGUACGAUCCGAUGUACGAUCUGGACAUCAAGGAAGCCAUGAAUAGGCUGCCAAGGGAGAUUGUUGAUGCCCGGAACCAGCGCCUCAAACGCGCCAUGGACCUCUCCAUGAAGCAUCAGUAUCUCCCCGAUGAUCUUCAGGCAAUGCAGACACCUUUCAGAAGCUAUCUUCAGGAAAUGUUGGCUCUUGUGAAAAGAGAGAGUGCAGAACGCCAGGCUCUGGGGGCUCUACCGCUCUAUCAGCGCACGCUUCCUUGAGGUUAUUUCUGUCUUUUGUAUUGUUGCCAAUGGAUGCAAAUAAGCAAACAUAUGUUCUACAAAAGAAUAACUGUGGUAUCUACACAUCUCCAUUUCAAGAGUGUACUGCCACACACUUGGACUCCUUGUUUUGAGUAAUAGACGUCAAACAUUUAUUAAGCUCAUGCUUCUUUGUGGGUUUUCUGAUGAACUUUCAAAUGUUCAUUGUACAAGCAUCAUGUGCCCCUUUUUUCCCUAGUUUUUCCCCCCCUAAAUUCCACCAGUUAAUGAAAUUGAUUCUUUCCUAUGAGUUUUGAAAUAAUGAACAUUUCUUAUGUUU